CAAAAGAGACUGCUUCAUAUCCACUCCUCGUGCAGGAAUGUCAUUGAGCAGGUUGAAGAAUGCGUGUGUUUCUCAUUGGAAGUGAAAUGAAGGCAGCAGGACGGGAAUAUGUGUUUUUGCGUACUCUAGAUAUGGCACAUGAGGAGAUCCUUUGAGUUUACAAGGGGCUGAGACAGUCCACCGUGGCCCUUUAGAGGGAAUGACACCAUCAGCAGUCCACUGAAUGUGUCACAGAGGUGUCAGCUGAGGUGAACUGUGCAGACGUGGGUCGGUGAUGGAGGAGAUCGGGCAGAGAGAAUUGCAUUUAAACCACACAACUGCUCACAUUUCACCCCCGGAUGCAAAACCUGGAUUUCCUGGGUACUAUGUACUCAUCCCCUUUCUGCUACUCACGCUGACUGGAUGUGUGGUGGCAAUGGUUGUUUAUAUCAGAAGGAAAACUAGAUUAGAUGAGCUGCGUCACAGGCUGAUUCCUCUGUACAGCUACGACCCUGCGGAGGAACAAGAUGAGUGGGGGUAUGAGGGCAAGGAUGAGAAUGAUGAGGAGCUAGCUGAACCUUUGUACAAGGAGGGAAAGCUUUAUCUGUCACCUGACUACAGGACAUGAACAGAAAACGGAGACGGCUGAAAGUUGUACUAAUGUAGAGGAAAAUAUCCUCCUUUAUAUUUGGUGUACAAAGGAAAACAGUACAAAAGUAUUGUCCUCUGUAUAAAACAACAUGGGGUGACAUUCAUCUACUUCUAGCAUGACAUCAAAUCCUUUAAUGUCCUAUGCCAUGAUCUACAUUGCCCACCAGAUGGCGCUGUCAUCCUGUCAUUGUUGGGUUUUUCUUACUUCAGUUUGGACUUUUUUUGCUUUUAAGGGUGUAAGAGGUUUUGAAAUACAAGGAAGGUGCUUUUUCUUGGACAAUAAACCAAAUGUUAAAAUCAAAGCUAAAA